UCAGCUCAGUCCUCUGGAGCUUCUGAUUCCCUCCUGUCCAUCCUCUCCCAGAAACAAUGAAGUUCACGAGUUACAUCGUGGCCGUCCAGCUCUGUGUCCUUCUGGGGUCUUCCGCCUUUUACUGCCAGGUCACCUCUUUAGUUGAAAUAGUCCAACUUAAGGAAUACUUUAAUGCAAGUAGUUCAGAUGUAGGGGAUGGUGGAACUCUUUUCUUUGAUAUUUUGAAGAAUUGGGGAAAGGAGAGUGACAAAAUAAUUCAGAGCCAAAUCGUGUCCUUCUACUUCAAACUUUUUGAACAACAUAAAGACAACCAGACCAUCAAAAAGAGCCUCGAGACCAUCAAGGAAGAGAUAAUCGCUAAGUUCUUCAACAGCAGCUACAGCAAGGUGGAGGCCUUCCAAAACGUGCUCCGAAUUUCGGUAAAUGACCUAAAGGUCCAACGUAAAGCAGUAAAAGAACUCUCGGAAGUGAUACUUUGUCUAUCGCCAGGAACUCGCCAGAGAAAGAGAAAAAGGAGCCAGACCCUGCUUCGCGGUCGGAGAACACCUCAAUAACCAUUGUCCCCCCUGCAAUGUUUGAAUGUUUAAAUCUAUUUAUUAAUAUUUAACUUUAUUUAUAUGAUGAAGGUAUUUUAGACUCAUCAAAGAAGUAUUUAUAAUAGCAACUUUUAUGUAAUGAAAGUGACUAUCUAUUAAUAUAUGCAUUAUUUAUAAUUUAUGUAUCCUGUGACUGUUUCCCUUAACCCUUCAUUUUUGUGACUAAUCACAAGACCAUGUGAUUAUGAGGCUUUGUGUCAGGGGCUGGGCAAGUAGCUGAUCUAAGUAAGACCCCGUGGGCUGUGCGCUUACUUCCCUUGUAGAGAAGCGACAGGCUGGUUGCUGCCUUUUUGAGGCACGUGUGCACCCUGAGCUGAGCCUUAAUGGCACGUCGGAAAGUACCUGGGCGUGUCAGGCAAUAGAUUUACGACCUGUGUCCUGAGAAAACGUGGCAUCUCAAGAGAUUUCAUGCCCGGGGCUUCCUGGAAUUAUUGACAACUGUGACUGCACUCACAUGGAAAGUAUCUCAUUUGUUUGGUCUACCCAUACCUAAUAUAU